GAAACAAAAAGAUAAUUGAUUGAUUACAAUACUCAUUCGCUCGUGAAUUAGUCUACCACAAAACAAUUUCCUGUAGUGCAUUCUUCAGCUUAAUAUUAUAAUAAUAUAAAAUAUGGCUAAUGGUUGGGAUGCUUAUAUUGACACUCAACUAAUUGGGACAAAUACCGUAAAGGAAGCAGCCAUAUGUAGUAUUGACGAUGCUUCGAUUUGGGCCUCAACUUCGAAUUUUAAGCCAGAUACAUCUGAAAUUAAAGCAGCAGUUAAUGCAUUUAAUUCACCUGAAGCUUUGGCUGCUAAUGGUUUAAAACUAUGUGGUGUCAAAUAUUUUUUUAUUAGUUUAAAUGAACCUGGUGUUAUUCGAUUAAAACAAGGAAGUGGUGGAGCUAUAGUAGUAAAGACUUGCAAGACUAUCAUAAUUGCAACAUAUGAUUCAUCAAUACAACCAGGACAAUGUUCGACAACUGUUGAAAAUUUGGGAGAUUAUUUAAGAGGACUUAAUUUUUAAAACUGUGAUAAUUGGUUAAUUAUUUUACCAUUAUAUUAUAACAUGUCACUUAAUUGCCGCCCAUAUAAAUUAAUUGUAGAAAAUUUUGCUCAUAAUUUUAAAAUUCAUUAAGCCAGCUUUUGUAAUAUAGUAUAAGGCACAUUGGCAAUAAUGUAUGUUUGAUUUAUCUAAUUUGCAGCAAUUUCUAUGUUCGUAAAAAAUUCAUUUUUUUGAACUUCAUAUUAAACCAAAAAAUAUUUAAUAAAUAUAUUUAUUUAAUUUGUUAAUAAUUUUUCUUUAUACAAUUUUAAUGUAAUAAAGAUCCUUCUAGAAAUCUAUUUAUUUAUUUUUUGUAUAUAAUAUAGUAAAACUUUUGUCAACCAAAAAUUUUCUUAGACAAAUCAUUUAAAGUUAAAUUUUUUCAGCCCAUAUCCUUUUUUACCCUUAAGUUAUAUAGUGCUCCUCCACACCACCAUAUUAAUUUAUCUUUAGUCAUUUAACAAAAAUGUGAAUCUUAUAUAAUAAAUUGUUUAUAUUGAUAAAUUUCUUUUUUUUACCAAAUUUUUUGUACAAUUAUAAAAAAUUUAAAUAUUUGCAGUGAAUAAAAAAAUUUAGAAGAUAAAUUG